CGAUUCAAACGUAAGCGGAUUGAUACAAUUGACUACCGGGUCAAAAAGGGUUAUAAUUGUAAGCAUGUCAUAAACACCAUUUUUUAACCAAACCAAAGAUGCACUAUUGCUAAAAAAAAGUAUGUGGAAUAUUCAAAAGUUACAAGUCUGCGGUCAACAUAUGUAGUCCAUUGAAUUUCUCACUAGAGCUGAUUCAAAAAACAACCAACUACAUCUAGAGUUGUAUCUUUUUCAAACAGAUGCGGAGGCUGAUACUAAUUUCUAAAAGAUACAACUAGAUUUUUCUAACGUACAUUUGAUCACUGAGAAACUUCCUUACAAAAUCAACACAAGUUUCAACAUUUUACUUACUACUGUUCUAUAAUGGCGAUUCACUCUCUGCUACAAUGCAGAACAUGGUCUAAGAGUGACUGGCUUAUCGCUUCAAUCGGAAUAGUCUAUGUGUUUUCCUUUUCUUUCUCUUUCGAUUCGACUUCAGACUCUAUCCCCUCCAUUGAUCGUAGCGAUCUAGUUAAACUGAAGUUGUCGAGUAAAGCUAAAGACAGAGGAGCUUUUUGCUUGGAUGGAAGCUUGCCUGGUUAUCACUUUCAUAAGGGUUCAGGAUCUGGCUCCAAAAGCUGGCUUCUUUAUUUAGAGGGUGGAGGCGGGUGCCGUACAAUUGAGUCAUGUUCUUCUAGAGCAAUGACUAGGUUAGGUUCUUCCAACUUCUUUGAACAUGAAGUUCCCUUUCAAGGCGUUUUAAGCAGUGACCCAUCUCAAAAUCCUGACUUCUUUAACUGGAACAGAAUUAUGAUUCGGUACUGUGAUGGUGCUUGUUUUUCUGGACACCCUGAAGCUGAAUUCAAGAAUGAACGGCUUUUCUUCCGCGGGCAGCUCAUUUGGGAGACAAUUAUGGAUGAAUUGUUGUCGAUGGGCAUGUCACAUGCGAAACAUGCAAUUCUCACAGGAUGUUCUGCUGGUGGCUUGGCUACUCUUAUACAUUGUGACUACUUUCGAGACCAUCUGCCUAACGAUGCAACUGUUAAAUGUGUUUCCGAUGGAGGCUAUAUUCUCAACUUGCCUGAUGUGCUUGGAAACCCAACAAUGGGAUCUUUCUUUCAUGAUGUUGUUACCCUGCAGCGCGUAGAUAGGAGCUUGGAUCAGAAUUGUGUAGCCAAAAUGGAACCAUCUAAGUGUCUGUUUCCUCAAGAAUCGCUUAAAAACAUAAGAACUCCGGUAUUUCUUGUCAACACAGCCUACGAUUAUUGGCAAAUUCAAAAUGGACUGGUACCAGAUUCUCCGAAUCUAGAUGAAAGAUGGGCGAUUUGUAGACUCAAUAUUCAGGAAUGUGAUGCCGCACAAAUGAAAGUUCUACAUGGUUUUCGCAGUUCUCUGAUCGAUGCGAUCGGAGAAUUUCAUGAGAACAAAGAGGGUGGGAUGUUUAUAAAUUCGUGCAAUUCUCAUUGCCAGAUAAGAGAGUCAUGGCACUCCCCAACCUCAACAAGAAUCGAAAAUAAGACGAUCGCAGAGUCUGUAGGUGAUUGGUACUUCAACCGAAAACCGGUGAAGCUAAUCGAUUGUCCAUACCCGUGCAAUACCUCUUGUUGAACAUGCAGCAUGUUUUUCUUUUAUUUAUAACCAAAACGUGAAUUAUAUAAGUAUGGAUGUGAGGAACCAUAUGAAUGAGGUACCGUAUCUCCAAAAGUCUAAACAAGAAUGGAGAGUGAAUGAGCAUGUUUGGGGUGGUAACUCUUCUUCAUUUUUCUUUUACAAAUAGUUAAAAGUUUUCACAAUAAGCAAAAGUCAGAGGUGGAAUUAAUUGCAAAACUCUUUGCUUCCACGUUCUAUCCAA